CUCCACCGCGCCUUUCACAUUCUCGUUCGCCACGGCGCACGCUUUGGAGGACAGCGCGUGGGCCUCGACGAGGCGGCCGACGAGGUUCGACAGCACGGGCGCCGCCUCGGGGUCCAGGGGCCGCGGCACGUCGAGGGUCCGCAGGGCCGCGCCCAGCGCCUCGCAGAUGUUGGAGGGACUGCGCACGACCGCCGCGAGCCGCCCGAGCGCCAGCGCGCACCGCGCGCCGCACGCCAGUUUUGAGUCGUCGGCGGGCGGCAAGCACGCCGCGAGCAGCGCCGACGCCGCGGUCGUGAGGGGCGCCUCCAGUUCUACAGGGGGCGCGCCGACGCGCGGCUCGCAGCACCGCGCCAGUAAUAGAGCCGCCUCCGUCGCGACGCGGACGUUCUGAUGAGCGUCGAGCGCGGCGCCGCAGGCCGGGAAGACGCGGCCACCGAAGCUCUGGGCGAAGCUCCGGCCCUGCACCGGGCCGAGCAGCCGGUCAUUAUCGUCGUCGAGGCCCGCCCAGUAGUCGUCGUCAUCAAGCGGCGCGGCGCCGGGCUGCGCCGCCAAGCACAAGCGCGACAAGCACCGGAACGCGCGGUCCCGCGCCACCGCAUCAACGUCCUGGGCCGCCACCGUGGCGAGCACCCCGCAGAUGCGCCGUCCCACGUCGUCUAGGACGUCGUCGGAACUCGCGUCCCGCGCGAGCACUUCCACCACCAGACACGCGGCCCGCUUCUCUUCGACGGGCUUGUCCGUCAGGGCGGCGACGGCGCCCGUCACCGCCGAACCUAAUAACCGAGCGCUCCCGACGACGUUCGCCGCUCUAGCUAGAGUCGCCGCCGCCGCCGCCGCGAGCGGCGCGUACGCCUCCAAAUCGGCGCACGCGUCGUCGUCGUCGUCGUCCGCAUCGUCGUCGUCCGCCCUCGUCGCUUGCCGCGUCGCCCACGCGUCCUCGUCGAUGUCCCGAAAGCCCUUCGCCGCCGCGCGGGCCGCCAGCGGCGCGACGGCCUCCGCGAGCGUGUACGAAAAGUCGCGGCGCCAGUAGGCCGCCGCUUCUAGAAGUGAGGCCAGCACCUCGAGCGCCGUCGACCGGACGUCGUCUCCCAUAGUUUCGCUCGAGACGCACUGGCCGCACGCGUCGGCGAGCGCCUCCGCGGCGCCGGGGACCUCGAAGAGCGCCCGCGCCUUCGCGGGUAGAAAGGACGUCCACGACACGAGGGGCUCGUCGAACAAUAGGGCGGCGCUCGUCAGGAUCUCGGACGCGGGCCCGUCGCCGCCGGCGAGCGCCGCCGCCGUCAGGAUCGCGGCCACGGCCGGCACGAGGCGCUUCGCGACGUGCUGGCGCGCCGGUUCACUUUCGACCUCGCCCGUCAAGGCCAGCGCCGCGCGGCACGCGGCGACGGCCGAACUCGGGGACGCGAGGCCCGCCUCGAUGCACGUGGAGGCGCGCGGGAACCGCUCACCUAAUACUCUCGGAGACGCCUCCUGGGUCGCCCUCUCUAAAAUGCGCAGCGCCGCGGCGUGGCCCGGCGCUGCGAUGCAUCGUUCGAGGAUCAGCGUGUUCGCGUCCUCGUCCGCGUCGUCCAACCCGAGGCCCUGCUGGACGAGGGCGGCGCAGUUUUCGACGGCGGCCUUGGACGACGGGCCCGUCGUCCCGAAUGCUUGCGCGAGCAUCGCUUCGGCCGCGCCGCGUCUGAUAUCGACGGCGACGCCGGGCCAGCGCGUCGCGACGACGCGCCGCAGGAGCGUGAAGGCCAGCAGGCGCGCGCCGCCCGCACUGACGUCGCAGCAGAGCCCGAGGAGGCCCGCGGCGCAGGCGUCGGGGUCCUGCUCGAGCCAGUCUUCGUAUUUUACUUCUGCCACUCGUCUCACGUCGUUUUCUGGGGAGAGCAUUUCUUGCAAUAGUUGCAGCGGCGAGGCUGGGGCGCGGGCCAUGGCUGCGCGUACAGGCGCACUGCUGGCUGUGUGUGGGAGUGCAAUGGCAGCCUGCAGGGGCAGGACUUGCAGCAGCGAUCACGCGCUUGCAAAACUAGGAUUAAGCGAUGUAUUUUGCAAGUCUUAGGGGCUGGUUUGGAGCAACUCUCGAUCAGCACGGAGCCCUUUUUGCGUCAGGUGAGCAGAGCAGCCCUCUCCGAAACUAAAGACGAGAGCGGCAUCGUACGCC